GAUUACCGUUCUGGACGCCAUUAUCGUUCCUCGAGAUAGAAGACGUGAUUUCCUACAAAAUUUCAACUUUUCCACCGCGAAAUCCUGUUAAGCCUGAGUUUUAGCAAUGAGCCAGGAGCCAGGUGAAAAUGGGUUAGCAGCUCAGCAGCUGGUGGAGGUGGUGUCUCAGUUAGCUCAGGGGAUUGACAGGACAGAGUCUGGCAGUGGAGAGCCAGCAACUAAGAGAGUGAGGACAGAAGACAGUGACUUGGAUGCUGACCUCUCUGUCAAGCAAAUCUUGUUUAACAUCAACAAGGCGAUCUGCCUGCGCCUGGAUGCCAUCGAGAACAAAAUGCUGGGGAUGGAUAAGAGAACAAAAUUACUGGAAGACAAAGUAGACAAGUUAUUGACAACUCCAUCUAAUCCUCUGGCUUCAAGCACCCCUGGUAAAAAUAAAUCUGGUGCAGUCAUAGUGGGGUUGCCCCAGGAGAACCGGCCGUCCUCAGAUGAUGAUAAUUCUAACUGUGGUCAGGGAGUGGCAGGUUUGGGGCCUAAUGUUACCCUGAUCACCCUGAACACAGAGGAGGACUACCCUGACGGCACCUGGCUGGGAGAUGAGAGUAACCCGGAGAUGAGGGUUAGGGUCCCUGUGACCCCCAGCGAUCUGUUACAUGUCCAUUCCAACUGUCGCACUGCGGAGAAGAUGGCACUGACUCUGCUGGACUAUUUGUUUGACCGUGAGACCCAGGCCUCAUCUAACUUGUCUGGUAUGGGGAAACACGGGAAGAAACAGCUGGAUCCACUGAUGAUAUAUGGAAUUAGAUGUCACCUCAUCCACAGAUUUGGUAUCACAGAACAAGACUGGCAUCGCAUUAAACUGAACAUUGACUCCAAGUGUCGCACUGCCUUCAGGAGAAAACAGAAAGGAAUGCCGCUCACUGUCAAGGCCUUCCAUGGCAAGUCCCCCACACAGCUUGGCAUGACCCUACGAGGCAUGUCUGGCAUCAACUCUGACGGGGAAGACUCCAUGCAGGAGUCAGCCCUGACGAUACAUCAGCCGGAGGGUUUAGAUGCGGCCCACUCCAUGGCGACCUUACACAGUCAGCUGGGGAUCACACAGCACGGUGAGGUCCAGAUCCUCCACGCCACACCAGAACAGAUAGAGCAGCUUAGGGAGGCCCAUCAUAUACAGGUGUUGAAUGGAGAUCAGGUGUUACAGUUAAAGCAUGGAGAUCUUCAGGGUGUUGAUGUGGCGGUGUCGUUAGCUGGCACGCAGACAGUACAGAUGGUGACUACAGAGAGUGGCGAGGUGUUACAAAUCACCCAGGCCGCAGACCACGUGGGACAGGACGACACCUCG